AACGAGGAGACAGAGGAAGAAGAAGAGAGUGAGGGAGGAGGCCUGUGAUAACCGAGAAAAUGCAGAUUUUCGUGAAGACUCUCACCGGCAAGACCAUCACACUUGAGGUCGAGUCUAGCGACACUAUUGACAAUGUCAAGGCUAAGAUUCAAGACAAGGAAGGAAUUCCACCGGAUCAGCAGAGGUUGAUUUUUGCUGGUAAGCAGCUGGAAGAUGGCCGUACCCUUGCUGACUACAAUAUUCAGAAAGAGUCUACUCUGCAUCUGGUGCUGAGGCUUCGUGGAGGAAUUAUUGAGCCGUCUUUGAUGGCCUUGGCUAGGAAGUAUAACCAAGAUAAGAUGAUCUGCCGCAAGUGCUACGCACGUUUGCAUCCUCGUGCUGUCAACUGCCGCAAAAAGAAAUGUGGGCACAGCAAUCAGUUGAGGCCAAAGAAGAAGAUCAAGUAGAUUUUGUGUCUGAAGAUUUGCCAGUCUUGUAGUGGAUGGUUUUUAGAAAUGUCAAGACCAAGGGAAUUAUUGUUAUUCUGCUUUAUUGUUUGACUGUAUGAGUUGUCCAAAACUAUUGAUAUGGGUAUUGGUACUUGUCUAUUUUCCAAUCAUCUUAAAAAUAUUUUGGCAUUAUGUUGAACUUAUCUGUUUCGUUCAUGUAUGGGUAGAGCUGUUAAGCUCCAUGCUAUUAUAGAUAUUACUGUGAUGUUCAAUCCAA